AUGGCGGGGGCGAUCCUCUACACAACUGGGGUAGUAUCCACCAUUGCGGUCGCUGUUCUGAUUGGAACAGCCUUGUUCUACAUGUUGACUGGCCAAGGAUUCCGAUUUGACAUUGCCUGGUUCUUGACACAAACAUCACCACACAUGUGGGCUGGAUUGGGAGUUGCCGCCUCGUUGUCAUUAUCAGUUAUUGGCGCUGGAUGGGGUAUUUUCACAACCGGAUCAUCAAUUUUGGGAGGAGGAGUUAAAGCCCCACGGAUAAGAACGAAGAAUUUGGUAUCGAUUAUUUUCUGUGAAGCUGUCGCCAUUUUCGGAAUCAUCAUGGCCUUCGUGUUUGUCGGAAAACUAUCGGAGUUCCGUCGAGAACAAUUUGACGUGGUUGCGGAUCGAGAAAUUAUCGCCAAAAAUCUUGCCGCUGGAUACAUGAUCUUCGGUGGUGGGCUAACGGUUGGAUUCUCGAAUUUGGUGUGUGGACUUGCCGUCGGAAUCGUCGGUUCUGGAGCAGCGUUAGCCGAUGCCGCCAAUCCAUCUUUAUUCGUCAAAAUUCUCAUCAUCGAAAUUUUCGCCUCAGCCAUUGGCCUUUUCGGGAUGAUUAUCGGCAUUGUGCAGACCAACAAAGCGUCUAUGGGCGGAAAA